AUGGAUAGGGUUUUCGAACCACUCCUGGGAAAAAGCGUCGAGGUAUUUGUGGACGACAUAGUGGUAAAAUCCCCCGACCCAGUGCAACACUCGUCUGACUUGGUAGACGUCUUCGAGGCAAUCCGAGCAUAUAACUUAAGGCUAAACCCAGAAAAAUGCACCUUUGGCGUCAACGACGGCAAGUUCCUAGGUUUCAUGCUCACACAGAGGGGAAUCGAAGCCAACCCGGAAAAAUGUCAAGCAAUCAUCAAUAUGAGAAGCCCAGUCACUGUUAAAGAAGUUCAACGCCUGUUGAAGCAACUACUCACCACCCCACCAAUCUUAAGCAAACCCACCCCUGACGUACCCCUGGUAGUUUAUAUUUCAGCAUCCGACAGCAUCGUCAGCGCGGCGAUUGUCCAAGAAAUCGAUAACCAGCAACAACCCAUUUACUUCGUCAGUCGCGUGCUGCAAGACCCAGAGACACGUUAUCAAAUGGUAGAAAGAGUCGCCCUAUCACUUGUCACAGCAGCAAGAAGGCUUAGACCAUACUUUCAAAGUCAUCCGAUAAUCGUAAGAACCGACUGCCCAAUCCAAAAGAUCUUACAAAAGCCCGAUUUGGUCGGUCGUUUGUCGGCAUGGUCGAUCGAACUAUCAGAAUUCAGCAUCCAGUACGAACCGCGCGGCGCGAUCAAGGCCCAAUGCCUGGCAGACUUCGCCAAUGACUUGCAAAAUUAUACAGCUAUCCAGAGCCGAUGGUGGACCAUGCACGUGGAUGGUUCGUCCAACCCGCAAAGAGCAGGUGCGGGCGUCGUGCUGGAAGGACCAGGCAACGUCCUCAUUGAACAAUCCCUACAGUUCAAGUUCAAAACCUCCAACAACCAAGCAGAGUACGAGGCGGUCAUCGCUGGCCUCCACCUGUCCAAAGAAGUUGGAGCAAAGCGACUCAUAUGCAAAACUGAUUCCCGUCUAACCGUAGGCCACCUAACAGGCGAGUACCAAGUAAAGGACCCCCUGGUGGCGCAAUACUACCACAUAGUCACUGAUAUGAUCAGCUACUUCGAAGACUUCAAAAUCGAACAUGUACCAAGGGCAGAUAACGCCAGGGCGGACCUCCUAUCCAAACUCGCCAGCACGAAGAAAAAAGGCAAGUACAAGUCACUCUUGCAACAAACCUUGGAGGCGCCAUCCACCGAAUGUGAGCCCCAAUGCAUGCAAAUCACAACACGUGACACCUGGAUGGACCCCUUCAUCCAAUACUUACAGAGCGGGACCAUACCUAAAGAGGAGGAAAAGGGUUGGACAAGAAAAGCGGCACGUUACACGCUGAUUGAAGGGGAACUCUUCCGAAGAGGCUUCAGCACCCCACUUUUGAAAUGUAUCACUGUCGGCAAAGCCGAUUACGUCAUGUGA